CAACGUUUGGGAACUCAUACCCCAUCACUGGCCACAUUGAUCAUCUUAUAAAACGUUGCUGAAACUGUGAACCUAAUCAUUAAAGAACCAUCAAUGGCUACCAAAGAUUCACCUCUGCAGCUUCCAGAACUUAGCAUCCAAUCUGAAGAAUCCGACACGGGUUCUGACUGGGACAAUUCCGAAAAAGGCCCCGAUUAUGAUCUGCUCGAAGAAACCCAAAUCAACUUUUCAAACCUCUCACUUAAGAAGGCAAAAGCACGCAUUGUGAAAGAUAAGGGUCUAUGUAGUGAGACAGCGCCAGAGGCGAUCGAUGUGACUGCAUCUUUUGUUGAUGAGGAGGGUUAUGAGAAAGUUCAAAAAAUAAUCGAAGCGGGGCUGCUAGAGAAAUUGAAAGUGGAUGAGUGCAAGGUGUAUUUGAGGAAGCAUGGUCUGAGGUUAACUGGAAACAAAGACACACUCCUACAGCGCAUAAAGGAACAUUUAGAGAUUUUAAAUGGUGGAGGGGAGAAAAAAUACCCGCGUUUUAGCUUUGUGUUGAAUUGCAAAGGUGAUGCAUGCACUGGUGAUGUUGUUUUGUUUGAGCAAAAUGUCUAUGAAAUGUUCAACAUAGCAUCCAGGAGUGCCAGUGGUCCACCAUGUGGCAAAAGGAUUGUUGCAGGCCGCAUAGUGAAGGAAAGCUAUGGUGCUGCCAAACAACAGCAUACCUUUACGAUUGAAGUGCUCUGGAGCAAGGGAGAAAAGCCUCUCCCUCCCCUGUACCCCCUUCUGAUUAAGGGUCGAAAUCUUUAUAGGUUGAAGACUUUGAGACAGAAAUGGGAAGAUGAAGCAAAAAGGCUGAAAAUAUUGAUGGAAAAACACUCGAGGGGAUCUUUUGCUAGGGCAGAUAGAGAAGCAAGGAUUCAAGAAAAGGAGAAGAGGAAAACAAAUAUGGAAAACAGGGUCUCCAAACAGGUUUCAGUAAAGAACCAAUGUCAAUCACAUUCACACGUUACAAUGUCACCAUAUCAACCUCAAGAAAGAAAUGUAUCCAUUAAUCCAGAGAAGUCAGAAUUUCCAUCUCAAAAUUCAGGCUUAUCUGCCAACAUAAGAAAAGAAGCAUGUGUUAUUGUAAAUAAACCAGCAGCUGUAACUGAACAACACGGAAUGUCUUUUGAUUCUAAAACCGUGGCAAUGAGAUCUGACCAGUUAGCAAGUUCAGGAAGAACAUCAUUUACACACCAUAUACAUAAUCAACAAACUUGGAAGCACCCAUCUGAUUAUAGGAGUACUUUUGCUAUUGAUCAUAUGAGGGGAGCUGAACUUGGUGCAAACUACAAUUAUGUUGAUCUGCAUUCCAGAGAAAAACCAACCUUUAUUGAGAAAAACCAGAACUUGGUGCAAACAACUUGGAAGGCUCAUCACAUGCCGCUGGCAAAUGCAAAUCAGGUUCACCCUUUAAUGCCCAACAGAAGCUAUAAGCCAAACCAGCUGUGUAGACAUUAUUCCCGUGGGUGGUGCCGUUUUGGGGACAAUUGCAAAUUUUUACAUGAUUUUAGAGGCAAAAGGAACGCGUGAACUAAAAUUUUGUUGUGACAUGAUUUCAUUGACGUGGAAUUAAGAAUGCUUUCUUUUAUUACAUGAAAAAUAGAUAUAUUGGUUUGUGGUGUUUCCCUCAUGUCCUUUCUCGGUAAUUGCAAAUGGUUUAUAUAUAACUUGUAAUCUUUGCCUCCUUGUUUAUGAACUUCCAACCCUUGAGAAGGUCAAGGGUAU